CCCAAUGGGUCGACCUGCCCCGACCCGCGCCCCGUGAUAAAUUACCCGACCUGGACCCGACCUGCCAUGGGGCGGGUAUGGGUAUCGAGAUACCCGCCCCGGACCUGCCAUUGCCAUUCCUAUCUACAUCGAGUGCACAACUUCUUGAUUCUUCUAGAUCACCAAAACGUUUCUACGUUGAAACUCGCUUUUAACUACAUUGGUCUCAAUAUUGAAUUGAGUGCCCGACGAGGGUGCAUCUAGUGUGUUUAGUGACCAACUUGGCAUGUAGGACAACAAAAGAGGUUACUAAUUUUCCCCCGGUAAUCGUUCCUAAUACAAUGAUCACUUAACUUUACAUUCCUUAACAAAACUCUCAUGUAAAACAAAGUGGCCCUUCUGAUAAAGAUAAAUGUUUAGUGGCCAUUUUGUCGCAGCCCUGAAAAUUGAGUGACCGUUUGUGUUUUUUACCCGGGAGAAAAUAGAGGGGAAGAUAAUGAGAUGUCUGUCUCGUUGUCACCGGAGAGCCAAAGUUCUAAAUCCAGAGAGCGCAGACAGACGUGCAUUUCCACGGCGACGCCGAAACCCACCUCUGGAAAACUUCAGUGAAGCGGCUCCAAGUAAAGCUCCGCGCUGGUUGGUGAACUACGAGUGCUUUGACUUCUCCUCCGUCGAGCGGUUGUACCAUUUUGCCUACUCUACCUCUCUUCCUUGCGGUAAUGGUUACUCAUCUGCUUUUAUUCACCAUUGCAAUCCUUUGGUUGCUGGCAAGUUAUUGAGGGGAAAAUUUGCGAGCGAGAUGAUAACUUCCGAACUGGGGAGAUUUUGAUUGAGAAAAUGUUCGAUGCUACAAAUGAUUCCUGUAUAAGCUGUGAGAGGGUUUGGAGUUGAAAGGGUUGGAAUUUGGACUUCGAAUAGCGAAAAAGUACCAUGCUUUGCUGAAGCUCUGUACACAAAUGUGCAGGCUUUACUGUGUUAAUGGUUGGAUUUGGGUGUUGGCCGUUGGGUUUAACUCAGCUUCUGUGGGGGAAUUUCUGAUUUUGUUCUUUAUCAGGGCCACUUAUCUGGUAUCUUGGGAAGGGAGAUUCUGGCUGAUCUUCAAUCCCAUUCCGCGCCAUGGCGUUCAUGCCUGGUACAACGAUUGUUCUUCCUCGGAAGCUGGAAUUCCACUUGGGUUCUUCUCAUCCCAGAAGAUCCGAGUUCGUGACAGGCGAAUUUCACCAAGGCCUCAGUUUCAUCAAGUCCUUGCAGCCUACUACAGCAAAACUCCCUCUUCUGUCAUCAAUAAAGUUAAGGCAGCCGUGUGCAUUGGUAGCCUCGAGUGAGUACCCUCAGAAUGCUGAUUUCCCUAGAUACUACGGCAGAAAGGAGAAGAAGCCCUUCCCAAUACCGGUAGUGGAGUUGAGGCGAAACGCGAGGGAGAGGAUCAAGAAUAGGAAAGGAAAACCCAAAGGCCGCCCCCCUCCAACUAAGCAAGGGCUGGUUGUCCAAAGCCUCGUUCCUCUUGCUUACGAUGUCUACAAUGCGAGGAUCACACUGAUCAACAACAUCAGAAGAUUGAUGAAAGUGGUCCGUGUCCAUGCUUGCGGGUGGUGCAACGAAAUCCACGUAGGGCCCGAGGGGCAUCCAUUCAGCUCGUGUAAAGGCAAGUACACUGGCGUCCGAAAGGGCCAUCAUGAGUGGACGAGUGCAGUUGUUGAAGACAUACUCGUCCCAAUCGAAGCAUACCACCUCUACGAUCGUUUGGGGAAUCGAAUUCGACAUGAUGAGAGAUUCUUAAUCCCCAGAAUCCCAGCUGUGGUCGAGCUCUGUAUCCAAGCAGGUGUCAACAUCCCUGAUCUCCCCACCAAGAGGAGGAGAAAGCCAGUGGUUUGGAUCGGUAGAAAAGAAUUCGUCGAUGCAGAUGAGAGCGAGCUGCCCGACCCAGUCCCAGAACCUCCUCUGAAGCCAUUGCUGACUGAAAUCCCCAACCCCGAGAUAGUUCCCCCAUCGACCCCAGAGGAAACGACUUUACUGGCUGAGGAAACCUUAGCAGCUUGGGACAAAAUGAGGAAAGGGUCGAACCGGCUGAGGAAAAUGUACCCAGUUCGAGUCUGUGGCUACUGCCCCGAGAUUCACGUUGGACCGAGCGGGCAUAAGGUGCAGAUAUGUGGAGCUCACAAGCAUCAGCAGCGAAAUGGUCAGCACGGAUGGCAGGCUGCUGUGCUCGACGAUUUGAUACCUCCGAGGUUCGUGUGGCACCUCCCUGAACCGACUGGGGCGCCAUUGGAGCGUGAGCUGAGGAGCUUCUAUGGACAGGCCCCUGCUGUUGUGGAGCUGUGCGUGCAAGGUGGUGCUGCUGUGCCAGAGGAGUAUAAGGCAACUAUGAGGUUGGAUAUUGGGAUUCCUUCUAAUGGUAAAGAAGCUGAAAUGGUUGUUUGAGCCACAAUUCAGAAGUUCUGCUUAGUGCAGAUUUGGAAAUGUACAGAAUAUUUGAACCAAGGGAAAGACAACAUAGUGAAUCAUGUUAUUGCUUGGAGAAGUGAAAAUAGACGGUUGUUAUUCGUCGUUCUUAAAAUUACUAAUAAUGAUUAGAGCGUGAUUCUGUAUUCUCGCAGAAGGUGAUACUACCUACCAAAAUUGAAUGUCUUGGAAUUAAAAUGAUUGGUGAAAAUUGAUUGAUUAAAACAUCUAUCCAAAUUCAAUGCCUUGGAAUCAAAAUAAUUGGUGAAAAUUUAU